GCAUUAUGAACGUAGAGUUAUCUCCUAUAAUAGUAACCGGCCAUGUUGACAGUGCUCAGAUUUAGCUCGGAAUUGCUCUCAUUAGUGGCAAGAAAGCCACAAGAAGAGACAGCGAAGAAUACGGAUGUCUUGUACAGCGCUGCUACUCAAUACUUUCCAUACGCGAUCAGUGACGUCAAAGAGGGCGACGUCAAAUAUUGGUGUCGCUGUGGUCUGAGCAAGGACCAGCCAUGGUGUGACGGCUCCCAUAAAGGAACCGGAAUAACGCCCAUGGCCUGGAAAGUCACUGCCGGCAGGGCACCGGCCGAAGUGGCCUACAUCUGCGGCUGUAAGCACACAAAAAACCCGCCGUUUUGUGAUGGCACGCACAAUGGGCUGAAGGAAGUGGUGGAGACGCGGCAGAGCGCAUGCGCAAAAAGGGAUGGUCACGCGCAAGACUGCAAGCUGUGCACAAGAUGUGGUUGGGUACCGGACUUUUAAGAAGCUUCAAAUCUACCGAUAAAUAAUGAGGCAUUCAGUGUUGUAGAAGAUUUGGAAUGUGUGUGUGUUGUAGUACACAAUACUCAUUUGUUUCGUAUAUAUGGUCGUGCUUUUAUACUUAUAUUAAUUACAAAGAAACUCAGUAUUCUCCACUAUUCAAUCGGUUCAUUGCAAAAGCAUUUAAUUUCCACGAUGCCUAUAUUUGCACAAUACCUUAAAGGACAAUUUAUGUUAAUAAACUUCUCUGCUUGGACAAACGCAAAUGCUUUUACAACAGAUGUAGCUAAGACUAUUAAUUUGCCAGUAUUAUAAUAAUUAUAGGUCUUACAGUUGGAGGUAUAUGAUCAGUAGUCAAAUUAUUGAUUUGUUUUCGUGUUAAUAAAAAACCGAGCGUGUAUCAAAUGUGUAUGUAAAUUAUGAGUAUUUGUGUUUCUUUAAAGGUGCGUGUUCAUUUAUUAUGUGUUAAAAAUUACCUUAAACAGGAAACGGUUGUUAUUAAAAUUAAAAUACGUUUUAUUGUUUCUCUGAAAUUUAUUUGUCAAGAAAUUUCAAACCUACAUUAUAUUGAUGUUGAUUUAAAAUGUAAAGAUAAUUUCGUUUCGUCCGUUCGUACAACAGUAAACAUCAUACCAUCGACCGUAUUAUUUCAUGCAGGUGAACUAAGUUUCGAGAAAAGAUGAAAAAUUACUUUUUUUCAACAAUCUGUAAUGAGCAAAGGAAUGUCAUAUGAAAUAAUAACAUAGAUACCAUGUUGUACUUA